AUGAAGACCGAGUUGAAGAAGAAGACGGACAAAACUGCAACGGGAAAUAAGAAAAUUGUUUUAAACGCGUGGAAAAAACAACUUUUGGCGCUAAUGGAAGGACAAGAAAACCCUGUUUUUCAAAAAGUACCAGGAGCAAUGUCGAUAGGAUCUGUGAUGGAACAACCUCAGCCAUCAACGUCCGAAACUGAAGAAUUUAUUCCACCUUCACCUCAUGUUCGGCCUUUACCUGAUAAGUCUCCAGUUACCAGAAGAACCAAAUUUAAGGAAACAGACGAAACCUCAAAUUUGUCCAAUGCAGAGCUCCAACGACUGGUAUUGUUGGAACAGCUAGAACUAAUAAGGGCUCAAAAGGAAAAGGAAAAAUUAUUGUUGGAAAAAAUACAAAAAGAAAAUGGAAAUCAAUUUGAAGACAUAAAUAAUUUGUUGUUCAGAAAGUUGUAA